AUGGAAGAGGAAGAAGAAAUUUGUAGAGUAUGCCGUUCAGGAGGAACAGAAGACCAACCUUUAUUCUAUCCUUGUAAAUGCUCGGGUAGUAUUCGAUAUGUACACCAAGAUUGUCUGUUGGAAUGGUUAAAGCAUAGUAGAAAAGAACGUUGUGAAUUAUGUGAACAUCCCUUUACUUUUACACCAGUGUAUAGGCAAGAUAUGCCUGAAGUCUUACCAGCUGUUUUAUACCUUCAACAACUUCGAAAAAAGGUUGGAUUUGUCAUUUCUAAUGCUUUACGUGCUACAUUAGUUUUUAACGUCUGGUUGACAAUCCUACCUUACUUUACCGUUUGGAUAUGGCGACUUUACUUUUAUAUGGGACAUUCCCUAUCAAGACAACUUGCUGACCUGUAUCAAUUAAGAGUAGGACAAAAUGUGACAGAUACAAAGCCAAACGAGAGCUUCUUCCAAGAGUACAAGUCCAGACUAAAUUUGCAAGCAUUUCUAUCAGACUGUUUUGAAGGACAAAUCAUUACGUGCGUUGUCAUUAUCAUAUUUGUAGCUAUAUUCUUAUUAAGGGAAUGGGUUGUGCAAAACUUACCAGCAAUCGAUGAAGCAGAACAGAUGCGAGCAGCUAAUGACUUUAUACCAGAGAUGCAGCAGCCUAUAUUUGAAGAACCACUCGUAAGAGAGCCAGAAGCUGAACAGAUUCAACAAGUAGAAGCGCCACCUUCUCCAGUGGCGCCGUCAGAGGAUGAGCUUGAUGAGUGGUUGACGCAUUUAUCAUCAUCCUCAACUGCAAAACCAAUGCGUGCUGCAUCCAUGCCUCCUUCAUUUCCUUCAUACCGUCAUGAUAUGGAAGAACAACAAGGAAGACAGCCUAGAUCUGCAAGUGUGGAACCCUUUUUAAUGCAUCAAGAAAACGGCUCUCAGUCGACUAGAGGGCGCCCUCCUUAUGCGCCUCUUGUACGAAAUGCAGAUACACCAAUUUUAAAUAUUCCACUUAUACCAGAGGAACAAGAGAACGACGAAGAUAGGAUGAAUAAUCUUCAGGAGCACCAAUGGAUAGAAAGGCUUGUGCCUGAAGUGAAUGAACAGUCCGAUGAGUCUGAACCUGAAGAUGGAGAUGAUGAAGAUGAUAAUGAUGAAGUUGAUGGUGAAGCAGGCGCCGAUGGUGAUGAGGGCAUAGAAGAGGAUGAUGAUGACGGCAUGGGUAAUUUUGGUGAAGAUGUUGAAGGCGUACUGGAAGCAAUUGGUAUGCGAGGCAGCUUUUGGAUACUAGCUCAGAAUGCUACCUUGAUGGCUUUGCUGAUAGCUCUCAUUCUCUUUACUGGUGUGUGUCUUCCCUACAUGAUGGGAGCGAUAUUCAUACUUGCGAUGGAGCGAGAAUUUAUCGAAUUUCCUUUGGAGAUUAUUAGCCUGAUACACAAAUAUGUCGGAAAGCUUACUGAUCCGCUACUUGACCCUCUCUUGACUAUUUAUUUUGAUCACAUUUGGCCAACUGUAGUGCUCUUUUAUAACUCUUAUUUGAACCCAUUGAUUCAAACCAUGAUAAGCUCUCGUUUCUUUCAACAAAUCAGCCAUAGUAUAUCACCCGAUCAUUUAUCAGCUAUCCCUACAACAGGACUAGGAACAGAUCGCUCUGCUGGUAUGAUAGAUAUCACAGCCCUUUACAACCAAAGCAAGCCUUUUCUAAAGUCCUUGUAUAACCGAUACCAGCUCUUUGCUUUGGGCGAAUCACCCAUUGAUCGAUUUUCGUGCAUUUUUAUGGGGUACAUUUUAUUCGCCUUAUUUUUAUGCAUAUGCUUCACUCGAUCAAAAGUUGUGUACAGCGUCUUUGGAAACACUGCUCAAGAAGCCUUACGCCAAUACAUCAUCAUUCUCAAACUCACUAUGUUUAUUACUAUAGAACUUCUCAUAUUCCCUCUCGUCUGUGGUGCCUUGCUUGAUGCCACCACCCUUCCGUUAUUUGAAGGUGCUACCUUAAAAAGUCGCAUGGAGCUUUCAAAAUCAAAUCCAGUGUCUUCAAUAUUCAUCCAUUGGUUUAUCGGUACAGGCUUUAUGUUUUUAUUUGCAGUAUUUGUCACCCUCUGCCGUAGCAUCGUACGUCCUGGUGUGAUGUGGUUUAUCAGAGACCCCACGGAUCCUCAAUUCCAUCCUCUUCGGGAAAUCGUAGAACGACCUGUGCUCUUUCAGUAUAAAAAGAUUGGUGCAAGCGGCUUGGUCUAUAUCUUUGUCAUCUUUGUCUGUAUUGGUGGAGUAAUCCAUGCAUUGAAUCUGAUGGGAAACACAGUCUUGCCUUUAAGAUGGAGAUUAUCAGAUGCCAGAAAUCCUCUAUCCACUGUUCCAAUCGAUUUGCUAACCACCCAGCUGGCCUUGCCAGCCAUUAUAAAUUAUUUACAGCCAAAGAGAAUUAUUAAGAAAUGGUUUGUUCGACUCAUCACAUUCACUUGCCACCAACUUCGCUUGACAUCCUUUGUGUUUGGACGUAGAGAUCCAAGAGAAGAAGGAGAACUAGUGUACCAUACAUGGACUGCGUGGAUAAAAAGAGCUAAACCUCGAUACUACCCUCUUCCGGGACAGACAACGAGCGUGAUUGGACCUGAAGUGUCUUUUAUCUGGAAUGGUCAGUUAUUACGUGUACCAAAGCAUGAUCGUGUGCCUGUGAUCCCCAAUCGUCGGAUGCUUGUUCCCGUUGACCCAUUUGUAUAUGAACCCUUGGAUGAAAAUGAACGACGACUAGGUCAUCCCGCCUCUACUGCCGAUGGUGGAGACGAAGCAAACACGACCAUUGUCUAUAGCCCUCCUCACUUUUACAGACGCGUUAUAGCUAUGGUAACCAUUGUCUGGCUUGUUUCAACCUUUGCUCUAUGUGCAUCUGUUGUAGUACCUCUUUUGCUCGGAAGAGCAAUUUUUAAACACAAGUUGGGAGUAAAACAAAAUGUCCAUGACAUCUACUCGUACUCUCUGGGCGCUUCUAUCCUGUUACUCGUCUCAUCCAUGCUAAACUCAGCUGUAAAGAUAAUCAUUGACGUCAGCAGACAAAGAACUGCUCGUUCCAAGCUCAAGAAAUUGACAAGAUACGCUCAUCGAUGUCUAUACAAGGCACUUCGAUGGGUUUUCUUUUUAGUUUCAUUCGGACUAAUCGUACCUUUUGCUCUGGGUGCUCUCAUGGAGUUUUAUUUUAUUAUUCCCACAAGCAACACAAAAAAGUUUCCUCUUGAAGUCAGCAUUAUACCACUCUGGGCAAACGGUACUGUAUGUAUGGUAGUUGUGCAUGGGUUAGCCCAAGUUUUACCAGAUAACCAAUUAAGAGCUACGAUCAAUAUUGUCUUCCAAGGUGGAAUUGGUAGAAUGAAUAUUCGACAGUGUCUUAGGGAUAUUAUAGGACCUGUUCUAUUUGUGAGUACCCUAGGAGUUUGUCUUCCGCCUCUGAUGGCAUAUAUCGAUCUCAAAUUCUUAGACAAUAUGGAUAAUGACCUAAAGCUAAGACUAUUGCGAGUGACUUAUCCAACCGCCUUGAUUGGUGGAAUGAUUUUGUAUCUUAUUAAACUGGGCACUAGAAUAGGAAGAGGUUGGUCUGAAACAAUUAGAGAUGAGACCUAUCUUGUUGGAAGAGUACUGCAUAACCUUGAUAAUUAA